CGCAUUCUCAAAGUUCAUCGUCCAAAAAAUGGCAUCGUCAAUGUUUUGCCCACACUGUGGGAAGCGGAUGACGCAAUCAAAGUGAUGAAGCCCGACGAUCACCAAUCUUCAAGUGACGCUGUUUUUUGCAUUGAAUGCCACUCACUCAAUCCAAAGCAAUAGCAAACGCGGCCAUGGCACCAAUCGGGAUUGCACUGGUCGGCGGAGGCAUCUUCAUCAAGCAGGCUCAUCUCCCUGCCGUACUGGCUACUCCCUCUCUAGAGAUCAAGGCCAUCUACUCGCGGUCGCUCAAGUCGGCGCAGGAUACGGCCGCGCUCCUGCCAACCCCGGCGUCAGCCGCGCUCUACUCGGACGACGAGGGCGGCAGCGGCGGGUACGCGGCCGUGCUGGCGCGGGCCGAUGUGGCGGGCGUCAUCAUCGCGCUGCCCAUCGCCAACCAGCCGACGUACGUGCGGCUCGCCCUCGACGCGGGCAAGCACGUGCUGGCCGAGAAGCCCAUCGCGCCCGACGUCGACCAGGCGCGCGGGCUGCUGCGUCACUACGCCGACAUCAGGGCCGCGGGGUCCGCCGCCACCUGGUCCGUCGCCGAGCAGUUCCGCUGCAUGCCCAACUACCUCAGGGGCGCCGCCGAGGCGAGGACGCUGGGCAAGGUGACGGGGUUCCGGGCCAUUCAGAACUUUAUGAUCAAAGAGGACAACCAGUACUACAACACAGACUGGCGCAAGGUCCCGACGCACAACCACGGCUUCCUGCUGGACGCCGGCGUGCACUGGGUGGCUUCUCUGCGCAUGCUCCUCGGGCCCGACGAGCCGGUCGAGACGGCCUCGGGCCUCAGCCACACGGCCACCAAGCACCUCCCGCCGCCCGACACGCUCCAGGGCGUGCUGCGGACGCGCUCGGGCGUCUCGGGCGCCUUCCUGGCCUCGUGCGGCUCGACGCUGCCGGCCCUGUCCGAGUUCGCGGUCGCGUGCGAGCGCGGCAGCGUCGUCAUCAGGCGGGACCAGGUGACCAUCGUCAGGACGGCGGCGACCGCCGACGGCAAGACGACGGAGGAGACGGAGACGGUCGACGUCGACGCGUCCGGGAACGUCCUGUACGAGGUCCAGGCCUGGGCCGCGGCGCUGCAGGCCGGCGUGCCGGACCCGAGGUUGGCGCCCGAGGAGGCGCUCGCGGACCUGGAGCUGCUGCUCGGGAUGCUGCAGAGCGCCGAGGCGGGUGGGAUCCCGCAGACCUUGGGUCUGCAGCAGGUCGGGGCGUCUGCGUAGCUGCAACUAUGGUUUUUGGUGAGCGAGAUGGCGGAAGACGAGGCGCAAGUGCUGGAACAGGCAUUGCACAAAGCUGAAGCAGCAACCAGAUAUUAGGUCAUCACGCCUAGUUGAAUCGUUUCCCAUGACUACAUACAUUGUUUGGUCCGGCAGAUUAUAGUGGCGGGAGACAGGGAACAAUCUACAGCUUUCCUUUGGGCCGUGUUGUUGAAG